GGGUGAAAAGCGAGCUCAGAAACCAAGGAUUAAAGCCUCGCUGCCUAUUGGCUGGAAAAGUUCGCCGCUCUCCCCUGAUUGGCCGGCGGGGUUUUCGAAGGAGCCCUGGGUUCCAAUUUAAAGGCACUCUGUUUGCGCGUCCGCUUGCAAAGUGGAGUGGGUUGAAGUUCUGCCUCUGUGAGCCUUUCUGCAAGCAGAGACGCUCUCCUUUGCUAGUGCUGCCCGAAGUCGCCUCUGUAUAUCGAGAUACUUGACUCACUCCGGUUAGAAAGAAGUAGAACCAGGUGGGCUGAGGAAUGGAUCUGAGCUCAGGAAUCCAAAAGGUUUCAAUUAGUCAGCAACCAUCAGGAAGAGGCGCGCCUUGCUUAAGAUGCAGAGGAAUGUGCACUGGCUUUGAGCCACAUUUUUGGAGGAAAAUAUGCAAGUCAUGCAAAUGCAGCCAGGAAGAGCACAGCCUAAGCUCUGAUGCAGAAGAUGAUCGGAAAAUUGGCCGCCUGCUCUCUGAUUCGAAAUACUCCUCACUAACUGCCCGGGUGAAAGGAGGUGAUGGAGCCCGCAUCUAUAAAAGAAACCGCAUGAUUAUCACCAAUCCUAUAGUGUCUCGAAAAGAUCCAACUUUUGACACUGUUACAUACGAAUGGGCACCACCUGGACUGACACAGAAGUUGGCUACCCAGUACAUGGGACUGAUUUCCAAAGAAAUGCAGCCGGUGGCUGGCACAGAAGGUGCUUAUUAUCGUCGAAGGAGGUUGAUGAAACAACUUCCCAUUUAUGACCAGGAUCCUUCCUACUGCCAUGGCCUUGCAGAGAGUGAAAUUAAAUUGAUGGAAGACUUUGUGAAGAAAUAUAAAAAUGAUGUUCUUGGCGUUGGUGAGGUUGCACUGCCAGGCCAAGGGGGAGCCACCAAAGAAGAUGGGAAGCAGUCUGACAAAAACAUCACUGCAGGCAAGGAAGCCAUUUCCACCAAUGGAACCCUGAGUGAUGCACCCAAAGGGCAAGAACUAUUCUGUGACCUCUGCAAGCAACAAUUACCCAUGGAGCAUCCUGUGGUGUAUGCAGAUAGAGCAGGCUACAAUCGCCAGUGGCACCCAGCCUGCUUUGUAUGUUCCAAAUGCUCCGAACCACUUGUUGAUCUGAUUUACUUCUGGAACAGUGGGUCCAUCUGCUGUGGGCGCCAUUACUGUGAAACUAAAAAGCCACGCUGCGCAGCUUGUGAUGAGAUAAUAUUUUCUGAGGACUACCAGCAAGUUGAAGGCCUCGCCUUGCACAAACAACACUUCACCUGCCUGGAGUGUGAGACCUCAUUGUUCGGCAAACCAUUCAUCCUGGAUGGAACCAAAUUUCUGUGUACAACUUGCAGUAAAAACAAGCAACCUUGAACAACAUGUAAUUUCAAAUCCCAACUGGAUCAUUUGUCAGAUCAGAGUGGAAUCAAUGGGGUUGAAAUGGUGGGAUGGGGGAUUUAAGCAAAGAAAAUUACAGUGGAUGCUGUCUAGUAUGGUAUUUACAUUCACAUAACCAUGCAAAACAAGAUGAAAACAUGUAACAUAGUAGAAAAUGCAUUGUGAUAAAAUUAGAAAAUGGAAUAUUCUAGCUUUCCCCCCUAUAUAGACAUUAGUUAUAGCCAAAUGUACUGAAACCCAGGUCCUAGGAUGUUUGGUUUUUCAGCAACAACAUUUUACCAAGCAGCUAAUCCAGAAUGUCUAGAAGCACUGAGAGAGAAUUCUUCAUUUUGCUGUCAUGUUUACCCUACUUUACUUGUUAAAGCACUACAUUUGUAAAUUCAACCAUGACAUGAAGUAACACCAGCCAAAUUAGUGGCUUGAAAGGAUUGAUUGACAAGAAUGAGUGUUGCAGUGUUGAGUUUUCAGAAGGAAGUUAUAUUUUAUUAACACAUCAUUAUAGUUGGAAUGCAGGUUGUUACCCUGAAUAAUAUGCUAGAGAACUUGAAGAUGGAAUGACUAAAGCAGACUAAAUCAAAUACAUGUGUAUUGCAAGUACAGUAGUGAACAAAAAUCUCUAGAUAUAAGCAAAGCACAAGGUGUGGGUAGAAUAUUAGUUUUAGAAUAACUGGAUAGAUAGUUUGCAUUUAUGGAUUUUUCCCCAACUUAUCUCUUUCAUUUCUGGCAGAAAAUAGAUUUUAAUGUUCCAAUUUCAUACAUUUUAAGAUUGCAACUGCACAGCAGUUCUGUCAUCAAGAAUCACACAUAGGGAGUAAUUGAUAAGAGACCCACAUUUUCAUUCCUGGUCCUUCACUACUUUAAGUACAUACAGAAACAAAAGGAAAUUACAAUCUGAGGUUAACAUUCAACAUAAAUAGUUUGGGUAAGAACAUUCCUCCCAAAUCCACCUAAUGUAGCGGUGGCAAUGGGACUGGGUCUUAUGAGUUGUUAUAUGAAGUAAAGCAGGGCUGAAUAACAUAUGCUCCUUCAGAUUUCACUGUUGUCCAAAUACUAUCAGCACUAGGCUGCAUGCGAUGGAAAUUGCAUCCCAACAGCAUCUAGAGCAGUAGUUCUCAACCUGUGGAUCCACAGAUGUUUUGGCCUUCAACUCCCAGAAAUCCUAACAACUGGUAAACUGGCUGGGAUUUCUGGGAAUUGUAGGCCAAAACACCUAGGAACCCACAGGUUGAGAACCACUGAUCUAGAGCAAAGUAUAGAUUUUGCACUUAUUUCAACUAGUGUACUGUAUUAGAGAAAUGAACACUUUCAAAUCCUUCUGAUUUUUUAAUUUAGAACAUUCUGCUUAGUGUUUGUUAUUACCUCAAACCAGUGGUGGAGAUUGUGUAGUCAUCCAAAUGUUGUUGGACUAGAAAUCCUCUCAGGCCUAGCCCAGAUAGCCGGGGCACUGGAUAUCAUCAUGGAAAUUGUAAUCUAACCCCUGGAGCAAGAUGGACUUUCCCUUUAAUUGUAGAAAAUGUAUUAAUGGCUAUAAGGAACAAUGUUAAUUUCAUCAUAGGUAUAUCCUUGGAGUAAUUAACAAGACAGCAUUAUCUGUCAUAAUAGAGAUACUUGCAGAUAAUAAAUUCUUGUUCUUUCCUUUGGGAUUAGCAGCAAAUCUUACAUUGACUAUAUUUUUGUUGUGAAGGUGCUAUUUUAAUUAACACGAAAUGAAACCUCUUUGUAGCAGAUAGCCCACGUCUUCCUAACGUGGGAGUAAAUAUUUCAUUACUACUUCUCUGAACACUAUUUGGUUUGAUCAGCUAACAAUAAUAACUGCCUUUUUCAUAUAGUAGGAGCAAAAAUUGCUUGAGGUGAAGAACUGGAAACUGCAAUCUUCUUUUUAUUUUAAACUAAAUAGAUGCUUACAUUUUGUUUUCAAGCAUAUUAAUAAUGUGUCUGCUUUGAGAAUUAAUGAGGCUUGUUUAAUGUAGGAACUCCAUAUAGAAAUUUCAUCUAGCACAAUCAUCUCCAAUAAAUUCAGUAUUGGGGAACAACAUUUUAUGGAUAUAGUAGGACUGCACUUAAAUUUUAAUAUGAGGAAGCUCUUAUUCACAAUGAAACUCAAUGUACAUGUUAGAGCAUAAGUAUAUGUUUACUGAGUCCCUGGACAAUAAAAAAGCUGUAUUCCAGUUAUGUGAGCAUCAUAACAUGAGGGAUUAUUACAUUUAUAUUUGACAAUCCUAGCAAUUGUUAGAUAAGAUAUGAGAGUAAAUGUAACAGGAAUAUCUGUAUUUGAUUCAGAUUUAUUCAUUGUAGUAAUGCUUACACCUAAGAAAUUCUGGGUGAUUUGGCUGUCCGGCUAUUAUGAAUUUGCAGUUAUGAAACUGCUUUAUUAUUCACACACCCCAAAAACCUAUUAACAAUUAUAAUUAUGCAUUAUAAUUAACAAUUAUAAUUAUGCAUCUCCCAUUGGGGAGAUGGUGGCGGGGUAUAAAUAAAGUUUUAUUAUUAUUUUAUUAUUAAAAGACUGGAGCAGAAUUUUGUAACUCACUUUGUCAGUGGUAGUUGAUAUCGAAAUUGUGGUCUUUGAAGAAAUUCAUAGUUAAACUACACUUGUUGACACUCAACAGUAGUUAAGUUGUAUGUAAAAAGGGUGUUUUAUUAUAAUAAACUCUUUUGAUGGUGUACAAAUGAUAAUUAUUGUAAAAUCAAUGUAACACGCUGGCAUUUUCAAAAUCUGUAAAAGCCUGUUAUUAAAAUAAUGUCAAAACAA